GUUACCGGUACCGCCUGGCCCGGCCCUGCUCGGGGGUCCCGCCUACCGGCAGCUGAUAGGCCGCCCCCAAACAACGCACACAGCGUCGCGUCGUCUGAUUGGCCGGACGGGCCCAGAGCAGUGCGUUAUGGGAGUUGUAGUUUGCCGGUCGCGUCCUGAGGGAGGGUUGCUGCGCGCUUGGAAACCAUGUUUCCCGUCAGGCUUUGCGGGCAGCGCUCGCGUGCGUGGGGGCGGCGUUUGUUCAUCCGGGUUCUCCUGGCCUCCCGGCGGCCUGCCCAAUCAUCUCGCACCCGAGGGCGUGGUCCAGGCGCUGAUUGGUUGGUUCGGAUCGACCCGUCCCGUUUGAAAUCCGUUAACGGCGGCGGGCGGAGACGCCGCGCAGGGCGGCUGUGGUGCUGAGGUCACCGAUGCUUGUUGUCUAAAGGACCAUAGCGGUGCAAGCGGAGGACUCGGGGGCAGCGUGAAGGUGAAGAUGUCUCGCCCAGAAUCUCGCUAUUCCUUUGACGUCCCAAACCCUUGCAUCAACUUUGCGACUCUGAGCGACGAUGAUGUACACAAUGCAGACUCCUGGUUUGACCAGAAAGCCAAUCUGGAGAAUGUCCCUCCUGAAGAAAAUCUGGCAAAGAUCUCACAGAACAGCCCUGCUUUUUCAAAGCCUGACAUUAUCCUGUCUUCUGUCACAUCACAAGAAAUAACAAUGAGUGAAAGCCAUGCUGAAGAGGACGGUGAAGCAGAAAGUGUGCAGGCCAGCGUGGUUCCUCAGAAUAUUGUUGGAUCCCUGACGAGCUGGAGAGCUGCUGCUCCUGCAGAGGCCUCUCAGAGAGCGGGUAGAAGACAGGCUACAAUGCAGAGAAAAACACACCAACGCAAACAGCCGGCUAGAAUCAAAGUGGAGAGAAAUGCUAAUGCCUUGGUUAAUAAGGAAGAGGUUCCACCCCUGAAAAAAAUGAGAAUUUCUGGCAGCAGAGAGAAGCGGAGAGAAGUAGCCACAAAGCCUGAGCCCCUGCAGAAUCCUGACCUCUCCCCAGGGAGAGGGAAAAGCAAGCUGACCACCCCCUCCACACCAACAAUGUUAAAGAGGACCAAUCUUUCCAGCAAGCUGAAGAGUACAGAGGAGCAGGAGCUGGAAAAGAUGCAGCAGUUGCAGCGGGAGGUUAUGGAGCUGCGGAGGAAGAAUGAGGAGUCUCUGAAAGCAGCUAUUGCUGGAGCAGGACAACCUAUGAAGAGAAGUGUUGAUCAAGUAACAAAACCAGUUGAGUUCCACUUCUGCACAGACAAUAGAAUUAAACAGCAUGUGGAAAGCCAGCCCGUGAAUGAGUACAAGGAACUGGAUUUUGCAGCAGUACUGAGGAAGCAUCCUCCUUCUCCGGUGCGAAUGCCAAAGGGCACCACUGUCCCCAAACCUUUCAAUCUGUCCCAGGGAAACAAAAGAAAACUCGAAGAAACCACAUCAGAAUAUGUGUCCCUUGCUGAGCAGGUAGAAGCAUUCCAAAAACGUACACCCUCUCGUUACCACCUGAGGAGCAGGAAAUCUGAAGAAGGCCAUGUUCCAGGAAAGUUGGUGAAGGCUCGGCUUACACACCCUAAAACACCAGUGCUUCUAACAAAGCAGCGCUUCAGGCCGGUCACCUGCAAAACUACAGCAGAGUUAGAAGCAGAGGAAAUUGAGAAGAUUCAACAGUACAAAUUCAAAGCACGAGAACUUGAUCACAAAAUCUUUGAGGGUGGACCACUCCUGCCCAAGAAGCCCCCUGUGAAGAAACUGACGCAACCCAUUGGCUUUGAGCUAGAAGUAGAAAAAAGGAUUCAGGAGCGUGAGAAUAAGCAGCAGCAGGAGGAGGAGCACUUUGAAUUCCGUUCCAGGCCAUGUCCAACGAAAAUCCUGGAGGACGUUGUGGGUGUUCCAGAGAAGAAAGUGCUUCCUGUUACAGUCCCCAAGUCUCCAGUCUUCACCUUGAAAAGCAGAACCCGAAUGCCUAGCAGAGGUGAAGAAAAGGAAAAAGAGGAGGUGCCUGUGAUCAAAGCUAACCCUAUGCCACAUUAUGGAGUGCCCUUCAAACCUAAAAUGCCAGAACAGAGGCAUGUGGAAGUUUGCCCCUUCUCUUUUGAUGCCCGUGACAGAGAGCGGCAAAUACAGAAAGAGAAAAAAAUAGAAGAAUUGCAGAAGGAAGAGGUGCCAAAGUUCAAAGCACUACCUCUGCCUUACUUUGACCACGUUAAGCUGCCAGAAAAGAAGGUCAAAACCACAACCCAGCCCGAACCGUUCAAUCUGCAGAUUGAUGAACGGGGAGCUGCCAAGCUACAGAGCUGGAAACAGCAGCUUGAAGAAGACCUGAAAAGGCAGAAAGAGGCAGCAUGUUUUAAAGCUCGUCCCAACACAGUGGUGUACCAGGAGCCUUUUGUGCCCAAAAAGGAAUAUAAGCUGUUAUCAGAGAGCCUUUCUGGUUCUGUAGUUCCUGAAAACUUUGAGCUGGCAACGGAAAAAAGAGCUAAAGAGAGGCAAGAAUUUGAAAAACGAUUGGCAGAAAUAGAAGCCGUAAAGGAGAGGAAUCAAGAACAGGUCAGACAGAAACAGGAGGAGCGUGAAAAGGAAGAAGUUGCAAAGCUGAGACAAGAAAUGGUUCACAAAGCAAACCCAAUACGUAGAUACCGCAGCGUAGAAGUGAAGUCCAGUGACCAGCCAUUGACUGUGCCAAAGUCUCCCAACUUCUCGGAUAGAUUCCGGUGCUGAUAUACAUCCACAUGAUAGUAGGAGGGAGAUCCCAUCCCUUUCCACCCUCUUGGUAGGCAGAGAGGAAACUUUUUUUUAAGUGGCUGCUCAGUCUUAAUUCCUGCACUUAGUUCCAUUAUUUUGAGUAGUUUAACUCCACAUGAGGCAGGUGGCUGAGGCACAGCAUACAGGCAGUGCCAUACAGUCUCUAUGGCCUUGCUUCACAUCUAGACAUCUUCUCUGAAAACUAAACCAGGUUUUGAUAUUGUAUACAAAUAUUGUGUACCUGAACUAAAUAAAAAUUCCUAAUCUGA